AUGGACACCACUUGGGGCGGAGGCAUGCACGUAAACAUGCACGCAUUGACAUGGAGCAAGACGCAUGUGGACACGCGCAUGCGAUCAUUAACAAAACUUGGGGAUUGCUCGCGUGCAAAUCGUGACAUCGACGGCGGUGGAGCGCGUCAAUCUUUCGCUUGUUUGCAAGAACUCUGUUCCACCUCCGCCUACCCCACGCGGAUGAAGACUCGAGGGCUUAGUUAUCAGAGCGCCGUCCAGGAAGAGGUGUCCAGGAAGAGGUGUCGAGGGUGCGCUUGCGAAAAGUCCGCACCGGCGCGUAUCGCGAGGCCGCCUUGCGAAACGCCGCCGCGGCCU